AUGCCAUUUGGCAACGUCACGCUCAGGUCCUCCGCAGACUUGGAGACGUUGUUGGAUCAAGCAAAAACCAGAUUCGCAGCGAGCAACAAAGAGUCAGCUCUGCUAUACGAUAAUGCAGUUCAAUACUUGCCAGGUGGCAACACACGUUCAGCACUACACACCGCACCUUUUCCCGUUCACAUCAAACAAGGCAAAGGAACGACUGUGACCACAGCAGAUGGCGCUGUCUUGACCGACCUAGUCGGCGAGCUCUCGGCCGGACUGUACGGUCACUCAGACCCGUUGAUCCGGUCAGUCAUCCUCGAAACAUUUGAUACCAAAGGAAUGUGUCUAGGGGCAACGACCGCCAACGAAGCCAAGCAUGCUCAAUUGAUCUGUGAGCGCUUCAACCUCGAACGUGUGCGAUUUACGAACUCCGGGACCGAAGCCAAUCUGUUCGCUCUUCUGGCAGCACGAAGCUUCACCGGCCGUGACAAGGUCGUCAUGUUCAACAGUGCCUACCACGGUGGCGUGCUGAUGGUAAUGCCUGACGGCACGAUGCCGCUCAACAUGGUGGACCGUGAUGAUAAAGUGAUACUUCGAUACAAUGAUCUCGAGGAUGCCGAUCGCUUCUUUGCAUCUGAACAGGCCAACGACGUUGCAGCCGUCCUGGUCGAACCAAUGCAAGGCGGUGGAGGCGCUCUCCCGGGUGACCACGGUUUUCUGCGUGGCUUACAACAACACGCUCAUAAGGCGGGUGCGUUGUUCAUCAUCGACGAAGUCAUGACCAGCAGACUUGCCCCAGGUGGUUUGAAAAGCACCAUUCCUGGACUCAAGCCGGAUCUUACAAUCUUGGGUAAAUAUCUCGGUGGUGGGUUCGCCUUUGGUGCAUUCGGUGGACGUGCAGAAGUGAUGGAAACCUACGAUCCUCGUAACGGUAAAAGUCUGCUUCACAUGGGCACAUUCAACCAGAAUACCAUGAGCAUGAAUGCCGGCUUUGCAGGACUAUCCCGUAUCUUCACUGCUGAUGUCUGCGUCGAGUUCAACGAGACUGGAGAUCGACUCCGAAAGCGUCUCAAUGAGGUGUCGAGUAGUUCUAAACUAGGGUUCACGGGUUUGGGGAGUCUCAUCUCGGCUCAUACUACGGAGGCUGGAGUCAGGGAAGCAGAGUUGAAAAGCGGCGGUGACCACCGCGAGCUGCUCGAUGUAAAGGAUCUCUUUUGGUUCGAAAUGCUCGAGGAAGGUUUCUGGAUGGCUCGACGAGGCGCAAUUGCUCUGAUGCUGGGCACCCCUCAGGAAGAGUUGGAUCGUUUUGUGGAUGCUGUGGACCGAUUCGUGAAGCGACAUGAGCACGUUCUCAAGCUCGAGGUUCACGAAUGA